GCAAUAAAGGGGGAUAAUAAUCUAAUUGUUUGCGUGAAUGGCUAAAUUCGUUCCAGCUCAUGGAUUAUUUUGGGACUUUUUUAUGCAAUUAAGGCACGUAAGUAUUGCUUUUGCUUGUUUCGAAAUGUAAUAAUAAUAAUUAGAAUAAUAAUAAUGAUAAUAAUAAUUACUCUCGACUUUAAUAUAGAAAUAAGCCGACAAAGUUGCGCGGUGUUCUCGCACCAUAACACUCCUGUGCAGGACAUCAGUCUUAGUUGAUAGAGAAAAGGGGGAGAUUUAUAACAAAUUAAUAAAUAAAAAGUCCUUGUUGAUCUGCCGCUUAAGCAUUCUGAAUUAUUUAGCCGUGUUGUGGAAAAGAGGAGAGCACCUGUUUGUUGUUGUUUUACUGUGUUGCCCACGCACGAGCGCUGGAUCAGAGCAGUCGGGAUGGCACAGUUUUCGGCUUUAAUAGUCUACACACAGCUGGAACCGGGAUAGUUCUUCACGUGACGUUGACGCAACACCUGUAAAACGACUAUUACAUGUUAUGAAAAGCACGGGGUACGAAAUAUUGCGAUUAUACACCUUUAGAUACCUAUGCUUUUUAGAUGCUGAAUAUUUAUAUUGUUUUGUUUUGCGCUUAUUUGCUGAGACGCUGCUCACAAGCCGCUAGGAGGAGCUCAAAAUUUCCCGAAAACUUUUUUUUCUUCUUUUUGGAUGAGUUUUUUUUUUUUUUUUUUGGCUUCUUGACUGCCAGUCAACUACGCUGUAAUCCAAUCGUUGGUUGUUGUUGGUUUUUUUUUUGUUUUGUUUUGUUUUGUUUUUUGAUGCCGAGGACACGCGUUUCCGUUUCGCGCUUCGUGCCGCUCGUACUCGCAGUUUUUCUCGCACGCGGCAGGAAUCCGUCACCUCGCCGUCGGCACGAGCGGAUAAACUUAAUGUUUACAGCCGUUUGGAGCAGUCCGCGGUGUGGAGGCAGCUGUGCACUACAUUACCCACGGCAAUACCGGGCCGAUGGCCCAGCCUUCUUAAAGGAGCAUGGGGGACGCGGAGAGAGCGCCUCCCGGGCCGAGCCGUAUGAGAGCCCUCAGCACAGAGAAUUGGAAGUGAUUAGGGGAGGGAUCGCGCUGCCGAAUAGCCGCGUGGCUUACCAGUCGAGGUCGCCUGUGUUCCGAACCCUCUCCAGGUCGUCGAGUGGAUAUUUUUCGUUCGACAGUGAGCCGAGCUCUCCGCUAAUCACCCAUAGCACAGCCACUCAGACCCCGAGUCCGUCUAGUCAAGUGAUAACUCACGCCCUGCAGCGCAUUUCCAAAGCGCGAGGCGACGCGCAGAAUCAUGAAUUAUGGCCUGCUCUCCUUAACCACUAUCCACCCCACGGAGCAGCAUCUGCGGGGGACAUGCAAGCGGAGUUGGAAAUUGCGCGAGAGUUGCGGCGCAUCGGCGAUGAAUUUAACCAGCUUUAUUUUCAUGAGGCAGAAAGAAAUGGUGGCGCAGCCCGUCCGCAGGCCCAAAACGAGCCCGCCAUCAUGCUGUGGAUUGGGCUCCUGAUUGGACGGCUAUUACAAUUCUUCCUGAGACAAAGAUGAUGGACACAGAGAGCACCCAGCAGACAAGUAGCACCCAACUGUAGAUAUGUAAAUACGCCACACCAGAGACUGCGCUUGCUCUCUCACUCUUUCUCUCUCUCUCUCUCUCUCUAUCUCUCUCACUUGCUCUAUCUCUCUGUCUGCCUCUAUGUCACUAUGAAGGAGCAUCUGUUCCUCUUUGAACUACACGCUGACCUCUACUUUCCCUGUCCAGAGGAGAAUUUGGAUCUGGAUACGCUGGAAUUGGGUGGGGAAUUCUGGGAUAACCUGGAGUCAUAGACAGCUAUGUUUCCUGCAUGAACAUGGAAAGCUGAGCCAUUAAAACACUGGGUCGAGAAGGUGGUGAGGCCUCUCUCUGUCUCUGGAGUUUUUCCGUUUUUCGCCAAGUGAAGACGUGUCGAAAACGUGCCUUCAUGGCCUCAGUGCUCUUAUCUUUCCCUUUCAGUGCCCAUUCGCUGUUUGUUUUUCGUUAUGUUCAUUUUAACUAUGUAUAUCGUUUAAAAACUCACCUUAGUUCUGUAUUUAUUUGCCACUGUUGUAUUUAAGUUGUGUUAUGUUUUGUUUAGAAUUGGAGUGGAUUAGUUAGCGGUAAUGUUGCAGUUCUGCCUGCCCUUCUUUAUUGACUCAGAAUUUGCACUUCUGUAUAAAUAGUCUACACAUGACAUACAAAAUUGUUUGAAAAAUCAUGUAUUGCCUGAAGCUCUUGGUGGGAACAAGGAAAUCUACGACUGGCUAUUGACAGCUUCUGAGAGCUACAGAAACACACCAGGUCAGACAUUCAACGACUUGUUCAUUUCGCAGUUUGGCUUUUUGAAACGAUGCCCUUUCGUGUUUUGAGGCCAAGUGAUUUAACAUUGACAAAACACAACACAAGGACAGACGAGAAAGACAGGUUUCCGCUUUAAAAUGAUUUUAUUGAACUUUUAUUUUUAACAAAUUAAUGAUUUGAAUUGUUUUAAAUUUGGCCCAUGGAGUAAUUUAAUGAGUGAAGGGUUUAAUAAUACACAUGUGGUUGGUCAACUGUGGUUGUAUUGGGCAUUUCAUAAUGGGUGGUGCGUCCACUUUUAAUUGUGUGUGUGUGAGAUUAAAGCUAUUCAGGGGAUUUUUCAAGUGAGGUUUUAUUCUUGCUGACUAUUGACCAAAAACAACCUUAAUCACAGAGUCUAGAUUCAAUAAUUAUGAUGUAUUGAUGUUCUAAAAAAUAGCCUCAGUGACUCAGGGGAUUUAUACCUGUGGAGUUUUAAACAAAAUGGGCUUCCUUCAUGAUCCAGUCCAUGGCUCUAACCUGCAUCUACCCAAACCCUUUUUCAUGUAUUGCCAUUUUCCCAGUAUUGCAUCUAUCAUUGCAAAAGAUGGGUCAUACAUUCUUGACACUUCACAACUGAUAUGUUAAAUAUGUUUGAAAUGGUAACUGAUGACAAUAGACACCAAGAUGAAUUGGCAGAUAUUAAAGAUACCCACAAACCACUUGUUAAAAUGCGAUUAUGGGCAUCUCGUUUCCAUCAUCUUUUAAUCAUUUCUUUCAUGCACAAUUGAAUUUCUUGUCAAAAUGACAACAACCCAUUUUUAGCUUGCCAUAACUGUUUCAGGUUUAUCAGUCAAACCAAAGAACUUGUUUUGACAUACUGUAUGUAAAUGUUGACGUUUGCAUUGUGUUCUGGUAUGUUGCACAACCAUAUAAAGAUUGGUAUAGAAUCAAACUCCCGGUAAUAGAAAUGUCAUGUUUCAUGUCAAAAUAUUUGUGCCCUCCCCUACCAGAACAUACAUUUUCAGAGAAGUUCAAUUUGAAGCCGUUCUGCAUUCCAGUUCACUGGAUUUUUGAAUAAAUUCAGUCUCAUUACCUGCAAAUUAACUGCUCCACCUCAUAGACCCAGUACGUUUGUAGCAAAACAUUUUUCUUUGGUUCUUUUGUACAUUUUGUUGUGUUUGCACUGAAACUGUGCUGUGCUGAACUUGUGCAAUACUGCUGUAAAUAAAAGCUUCUUUUUCAUCUUUCUAAAAA